AUGGGAUGCAGCAGAAUUGCGCUGCUUUACGGCCUAGCUUUUAUUUUUCUUGUACUCAACCUUGUCUUUGGAGACGUGAGCUACUCCAUACCGGAGGAGAUGAAACGUGGAUCUGUAAUUGGAAAUAUCGCUAAGGAUCUGGGCCUGGAUUUGGGCAAACUGUCUGCUCGCAAGGCUCGCAUCGAUACUGAAGAUAACAACGUGAAGUACUGCGGUGUAAAUCUCAACACCGGAGAUUUGAUCGUACAAGAAAGGAUUGACAGAGAGGGGCUUUGUGCGAAAAAGGCUUCGUGUGUCGUAAAACAGGAACUUGUAUUGGAAAAUCCUUUAGAGCUUCACCGUAUUAGUAUCCGCGUUCAAGAUAUUAAUGACAAUUCACCCCAGUUUAAAGAGGAGUCACUUAAUUUUGAAAUCAGAGAAUCAGCCGUAAAGGGUGCGGGUUUUCUCUUGGAUGAGGCACACGACACAGACAUCGGAGAAAAUGCUGUUCAGGGCUAUUCGCUUCAGAAGAAUGAUCAUUUCAAAUUAAGUGUAAAGACAAAGGGCGGUGGACGGAAAUAUGGUGAACUAGUCUUAGACAAAGAAUUAGAUAGAGAGGACAAAAAGGAGCUUUCGUUAUU